UCUUGGGAUAGUCCUUAACAGCUAUGAAGGUCGGAUUUCUUCUUCUCUUGUGCCUUGCCGCUGGCAGCCAAGCCAGUUUCCUUGACGAUCUCAAGGCUACAUUUCACAAUAUUGGAACAGCUUUGACAACUACAGUUCAUGCCGUCGGAGAUCAGGCUAAAGUUGUGGGCACCAACCUUCUUCAGGCAGCUUCCGAGCAAGGAAAACAACUCGCUUCUCAAGCUCUUCAAAGUCUUCUCAUGGGAACCAUGAGCGCUCUGCAGAAACCACAAACAGACCCCGCUACCAAGAGAUCUCUCUCUGAACUCCUUGAGCAAAGCAAGCAUUUGACCGAUGCCGCCGAAAUGCUUGUUCAGCAGAAGAUGGACAAACUGAAGGGUGCCUACAACGAGGCUAUUGAUAACCUUAAAGCUGUCUCCUCUCAGCUCACAGACCUUCCAGCCACCGACCUCAUCAAGAAAGUCGACCAGAUUGUCAUCGCUCACCACCUUGUUUCUGAUGGUAUCCAAACCGAGCUCGUCUCAGAGCUGACCAAACUUUUCGGACACGCCUUGUCUCUCCACCCCGGACACAAGAGAGGUACCUUUACCGACACCCUUAGCUCCAUCGGACAAGGUCUUGCCAACUUCUUCCAGCCCCAUGUACAGGCUGUCCAACAGUUAGUCAGCGGAGUUGGCGAGUCCCUGAAACAGACCACCCAACAAUUCCACUCCAGUCUGACUACUGGUACCCACGGAACUGCCAUCCAUGACUCUGCUUCCGCUCUGGCUCAGCACGGACAGAACGCCCUCAGUGCCCUCAAGGACGCCGUCUCUGACAUUCUCCAGCAAACCCUGACCAACAUGCAGCCACACAUCGUCAACAUCCUCCAGCACGGAGCCCAGGCCCUCACCGACACCCUCUCCCAACACCCUGCUGGGUCCCCAUCCGAGACUGCUGCAAACCCGCAGUAAAAUUAAACUGUCAUAUUUUUUUUUACAAAUAAAAUGUGAAAACUUG